GUGAAACAGAGGAAGUGUGUCAGAGAGCAGAUCUGAUGUGAGAGAUGAGAGUCACUGCUCUACUCUGCCUCUCGUUGCAUGGAGUGAUUCUCACAGCACACAGUAUGUCUGAUCUGCUGGCCUUCGCUCUGCUGCUGUGUUCCUCAGAGCUGCGGUGUGAUGCUGUGGGUUCAUCUGUGUCAGGUCUCCAGCACCAGCGGGUCCGGCCCGGGGGCAUGGCCGUUCUGCCCUGCGGUCAGCUGCAGGCUGGGAGAGUGACCUGGAGCAGAGAUCUGCAUGGACGCCAGGUGUCCAUCCUCAGCACUGAGAACGGAGACGUGACCAGACACCUGCAGGAUCACAACCACAGCUCGUUACCGGACCGGUCUCUGCUCAUCUGGUUCGUCUCGUCCUGGGAUCAAGGCUUGUAUUACUGCAACGGGACUCCUGCGGCAUGUCUGACAGUCAGAGCGGCUGAUGGACAGAACAGAGAGGAUCUGGCUGCGUGUCUCAGAGGAGCGGAGCGUGUGGAUGUGACGGAGCGGGUGCUGAUGUUUGCUGGCGUUGCUCUGGCGGCUCUGACGCUGCUCUCUGCUACUGCAGCUGCUGUCAAAGCUUCACACUCCAUCCGCAGAGAAACACGGAGAUCUCGCAGCGCAGACCUGUACAUCAACCUGAGAGAACACCAGUCAAACUAGCCUGGACUAUUACACUGCUUAGCCAAGCGUCACUGUUGCUGUUGUUCCUACUAACACUAUCUAACGCUAAGUAUUAUUCAUAUUAUUUGAAGCAGCUAGACUUACCGCCUGCUUUUCAGCUGCUGAAUUAUAAAAUUGGCAAUGUGCAAUAAACUUCCCCACACAGCAACCCCCAGCGUUUAACACUCUGAGUGUGGACUCACUGGACUCAUAUCAACACUGAAGCAGUGUUCACGUGAAUGAGAUAAUUAGGUGAUUAAUUGAGUGAUGAUGACCAUUAUUGAAGACACCUGGUGUUAACAAGCAGAAUCACCAAAGGAGAAAAUCUAAAUUUGUAUGUCACCAUUAUAGUGGUCAGUGUUUGCAUUAGCUGGGAUCUUGACCAUUGACUUUUUAAUAUUGUUUGGCUGCUGUAACUGAGUUAUAACAGCCAGACAAGCCAAGCGUAAAAGUCAUCAGGUGGUGAUGGUUAUGUUUUAACAUAAUCAUUAUUUGACUUGAGUCAUUGAGCUUAUUUAGAGUCUGGUCUCCGAGUUGUUUUGUCUUUAUUGAUUACAACAGCUUUGUGAUUCCACAGCGAAAGAUACUGUAUUUUUUAUACAUUUUGCAAUGGUUUCUUGCAAGCUGUUCUGAUAAAAAUAAAACAAAGUCUUUCCUUUAGGCAGACACAGACAUCAAGAAUCAGCGUAUGAAUCUCAACAACGGUGACAAACAGCAUAUUCAGAUAAACAGAUCAACUCUGAACGUCACAAAACAAGCUACUAAAGUCACAUAAAACCAGCAAAAAAGUAAGAAUAAAAGAAGUUACAAAGACAAUUCAACUCGUAACUUAUUCAUGCCGCAAUGCAUGAUGGGAGCCAAUGAUGAGUUUUUAUUAGCUACAACAUACUUUUUUGAUGGUCACCAUUGUUGUGAUUCUCACGCUGAUUCCUGAUGUUUGUGUGUCUAAACUAAAGUUAUUGUUUAGUUUGAUAUUGUGUAGGAGUGACUUCUGAAAACAUCUGUCUGAUUAUGCCAAAAAUACCAGCUCUUGUAUUUUUCACCUUGUUGACGAAAUCAUUAAACAAAACCUAACUCA